AUGAAACUGCUCGGCGCCAACGAGUUCCUGCCCCAAAACGCUGUCCUAAGGUGGCUGUCGAAGCACGCGUGCGAAAUAAACCAUUACGAGGAAGUGAUAUGCGAAAACUCAAUGUUCGUCCUCUGCGGGCACGAUGAGAGCCAGUUCAAUAGGACUCUGCUGCCCAUAAUGUUGGGCCACGUGCCCGCUGGCGCCUCGACCAAGACCCUGAUCCACUAUGCGCAGGAGAUACGAAACGACGGCCGUUUCCAGCGGUUCGAUUACGGUCCGGACGGUAAUUUUAAGAUGUACGGAAUGCCGACACCUCCGGAGUAUCCCGUACACAAGAUAACCUUACCAAUAGCGCUACUUAGUUCGGAGAACGAUUGGCUUGCGAGCGACGUCGACGUGAGCAACCUAUAUGCACGCCUGGCGAACCCGUUGGAACACUACAUUGUGCCACUAAAAGAAUUCAAUCACAUAGAUUUCCUGUGGGCCAUAGACGCCCCAAAACUGGUGUAUAAUAAGUUGCUCCAGUUACUCGAAGUCGGCAUUAGUAAACCUUCUAAGGAAUUGGAAAGUAAUGAUAUUAAU